AUGGCAAUAAUUCAGAACCCAUUUCACGAUGGCGUCAUAACACUCCAUUUUAUCGUCACAGUCUGCUGUCCAAAAUGGAUCGAUUCUGCUACCGGCUUACCCAACUUUUCGCGCCAUACAACCGCAAACCUCGAGACGCGAACUAUUGCAGGAGCAGAGCUCUACUACGAGGGCUUCUACGGCUCAAUUGUGGCCGCGGCGAAGGCGCUUGGCGUGCCCUACAAGCGCCUCUAUUAUCGAGUCAAUGGGCAUCACUCAACGGCCGAGAAUGGGGGCAACCGUGCCCUGCUUGAUUCCUCGGAUGAAGAGGAGGUAUUUUGCGGGGCACAUCGCCGCAUCACACAGGGGCACCACAUCCAGGGUCGUGCGCUCCAACAACACGCCAACGCCAUUCUCAAGGCAAAGGGCGUGGAGCUACAGCAUCGCGAGCCUGGGCCAAGCGCUUUAUACAGCGGCAUAGAGAACUCUUCCACCGUCGAAGAGCAGCAGCGCGAGACAUCAAACGGAAGGCUAUGCAAGAUCGCAUCCACCCUUGACGACGAUACCAUCAUUUCAACCAGCCAAAAGGGGUAUAUUAACGAUGUCAUCGCGAUUGAAUGGAUCAAACACUUCGAGAAACACACGAGACCGGUUGAUCCACUUCAGAAGCGGCUUCUACUUAUGGAUAGCUGUGAUAAUCACUAUACAGAAGAGAUGGUUCACUUCUGCUUCGAUCACAACAUUAAGGUCUUCCCAAUGCCUCCCCAUCUUACACAUCAGCUUCAACCUCUUGAUGUCGGCGUUUUUAGGUCAUACAAACACUGGCAUCAACAAGUUCUACAUCGUGAGAUUGCUGACGGGGCAUAUGACUUUAACAAGUCCGAUUUUCUAUAUCAUCUCCAAGAGCUUCAAGACACGCUCUCGUCGCUCACAGAAGAAGUGGCCAUUAAGGACCUGCCGGGCUCGAUCGAAAGCGAGCCUCAGGGCGGGCCUCAGGCAGCAAGACCAUCAACACCAUCGCCACACACGCCGCCUCGAUUCAACGAUUCAACUGGAACAAUGUUUCAACGCCGAGACUCAACCUCUCUACGAUUCAGAGAAGGCGCGGAAAGCCGACAAAACCUCGCUCUCAACGGCAUCACCGCAACGGCCGAGAUGACGAAGAUAAAAGAGAAACAAGCCAAGCGCUCCAGUCUCCAGCAACAGACAACUAUUGUAGCGAGAUACGGCCCAUUAAGCGACGGUGACGCUAGAAUUCGAGUCGCCCGAGACGAAUACAAUAGACAAGCGGCACAAGAAGAGGAGGCACAGAGAGUCAGGAAUAAGGAGGUUCGCGACGAAGCUGGCUAUAUACGCCGCUGGCUUCGCAAGGUACGCUUCAACGUCAGGAUUAGCAUCACAGAGGCGAAGAUUCGAGACAUCAGAGGUCUCUGGGCCAAGGGCGACAAGCGCGCACACCUCAAUUGCAAUGAGUGGAUGUGCGCAAGCUACAGGAUUCUCCGCGAGCUACACAACCGCGGCGUAGGGCAAAGCAAGGCGAUCAUGUGGCCGGAGUACUAUGAUCGCGAGAUUGUAAAGGAAGCAGCCGAAUUAGUGGUGAUGGAGGCAAAUAAGCGUGCUAUUUGCCGUCAGACGCUUUCCUUGGAAGCUGACGGCAUCGAGAUGCGAUAA